AUGAGAAUCAGCACAAUUGCACUCUCUUCCCUCACCUUGGCUGGAGUGGCCAAUGGAUUUGUUCCGGCAGGUCGUCCGAUGCCCACUGUGGGCAAGGCUGCCAGUUUGAAAACCGCCUUAUUCUCGACGACGGAAGAAGAAACAAAAACAAAGGAACCUAAGACUGAAGCAGUCAAUGGCGAACUUAAUAAAGAGCUGGCCCAGGUGGAUCCCGAUGCUGAAGGGCUUCCCUGGUGGUGGGAAUUGGUGUGGAAGCUGGACGUUAUGCAGAAGGGAAAAGAAGGUGACCCAGUCGAGUUUGGCGACACUUGCAACGUCUUGAGGACCAAUAUUGAGCAAAUUUACGGAGGCUACCCAUCUUUAGAUGGCUGCCCCCUUGCCGAGGGAGAAAUCACUGAUAUUGGUGACGGAACCAUGUUUAUUGGGUUGCAGCGAUACCAACAAAACUACAACAGUCCUUACAAGCUCUGCUUUGGACCAAAAUCCUUCCUCGUCAUUUCUGACCCAGUUCAAGCCAAGCACAUGCUCCGAGAUGCCAACUCCAAUUACGACAAGGGUGUUUUGGCUGAGAUUCUUGAACCAAUCAUGGGCAAGGGUCUCAUUCCAGCGGAUCCAGAAACCUGGACUGUACGACGACGACAAAUUGUCCCGGCGUUCCACCAGGCUUGGUUGCAACACAUGGUGGGCCUCUUUGGUCACUGCAAUGGGCCCCUGAUUGACAACCUUAACAAAGUUGCCGAAAAGGAUGGCAAGUGUGACAUGGAAACAUUCUUUUGUUCCGUGGCAUUGGAUAUCAUUGGACUCUCCGUCUUCAACUUUGAGUUUGGAUCGGUUACCAAUGAAAGUCCAGUUAUCCGUGCGGUGUAUUCUGCCUUGGUCGAGGCCGAGCAUCGUUCUAUGACUCCCGCACCAUACUGGGAUCUGCCGUUCGCCAAUCAGUUGGUCCCACGUCUACGCAAGUUCAAUUCCGAUUUGAAACUCCUCAAUGAUGUCCUCGACGACCUCAUCAACCGGGCAAAAAAUACCAGGCAAGUGGGAGACAUUGAAGAACUAGAAAAGAGAAACUAUGCCGAGGUGGAUGAUCCUUCCAUGCUAAGGUUCCUGGUCGACAUGCGUGGGGCGGAUAUUGAUAAUAAGCAGUUGAGAGACGACCUAAUGACCAUGUUGAUUGCAGGACACGAGACAACAGCGGCAGUCUUGACAUGGGCUCUGUUCGAAUUGACCAAGCAUCCAGAAGAGAUGGCAAAGGUUAGGGAGGAAAUUGAUAGAGUCGUCGGCGACCGUGUCCCAACCUACGAAGAUAUGGAAAAGCUGGAGUACACUCGCCUUGUGAUUGCCGAGACGUUGCGUAUGUACCCCGAGCCUCCACUUCUAAUUCGCCGUUGUAGAACUGAAGACAACCUUCCCGAAGGAGGAGGACGAGAGGCAACCGUAAUUCGUGGAAUGGACAUCUUUAUGGGAAUCUACACAAUGCACCGCGACGAACGUUUCUGGCCCGAGCCCAACAAGUUUGAUCCCAUGCGGUUCACUAGGCGUUAUACAAACCCAGACAUCAAAGGCUGGGAUGGGUUUGACCCCAAGAAAUGGGAAGGAAAGCUCUAUCCAAAUGAAAUUGCGGCUGAUUUCGCGUACCUUCCGUUUGGUGGUGGGGCUCGAAAGUGUGUUGGUGACCAGUUUGCAAUUAUGGAAGCGAUUGUCACCUUGACGAUGGUCCUUCGAAGGUUUGAUUUCGACUUUGACUUAUCCAGGCAUGACGGCAAGGUAGAUGUGAACGAUCAUCCCCAGCAUUUGGAUCACCCCGUAGGCAUGCGAACGGGUGCCACUAUCCACACAAGAAAGGGAUUGCACAUGAUCGUGAAGAAGCGGGAAAUAUAA